CACAGGUUUGAGGAUGUGCCUGCGGUUCGCCGUCACCUGGUCAGGAAGAGCAACAAGGGUCAGGUGGUGCACAUCAGCAAGGACCACAAGGAGCCUAGCGCCCGCAGCCGCAAGUUGGAUCGCACCCCACAUGAGGUGGGUACCAGGGGGCGAGGGGUACUGGGCCAAUUCCAUGUAUUUUUUUUCCCCUUGUUUGAACAACCAUUUGGGGAAUCCAUUUGGUAACGUUUCUUUUUUUUUUUUGCUACCACUUUACCUGACUGGUCCAUCAUAGACUUACAUGUCACUGUCAUAUGCUAUUACACUUGAUUUGACCCCCACCGAUGUAGGCCAGUAGAAUUACUGCUGGUUACAAGUAACAGGCACUGACGUGAGUAGCACGUCAAGUCGUUAUUAUGAUGGACAGUUUGGUUUUAAGAAGUCAAUGUGUCACCUGUACUUCAACUCCCUGCUUUGGUACAUAGGUCAGUACAGGGGGAGAGAAAGACUGAGAAAUGAAUGAAGGGACAACUUUCACACGCCACAAGAAAAAGAGGAGAGGUAACACGACACAAGGGGCUCUAGGAAGUAAGCCAGGGAGUUAAGUUUGUUGUAUUAAGGUAGCCAGGUAAAGUUCACUCUCUUCUGUGUCUGUGUGUUUGGUGACUGUAAGGUAAGUCUGCUCUGUCAGAUUUGUCAGUAUCUCUGCUUCUCGCUCGCCCAGCCAGUGGUUGUGUAUCGGUCCGACCUUCGCGGUUGGACAGAAUGGUUCGCUUGGAGUUCGUGGAUCGCAUGGCACGGCACCAGAAGGUAGGGUGUUUUAUUUGGACCAGCACAACCCGGUUUAAGGCCAGGUCACUUUGGACUUUGGCCGUGUUAGCCUUCAGAUUGAUUUUGACUGCACAGUUACUUAACUUUCUAACGCCACACCUAUACAGGUGUGUUUGUAGAGGCUUGAUGCAUGCUGGAUGGUACCCUAAUAUCUUCAUGCACCUUGUCCUAAGUUCAUUGGAACUUAGUCUGGUUGAUACAACACUUUAUUUUGGAAACUUCAGGAUUCACAGCAAUAACAAUAAAAACAUUAAUGCAAGUUUAAUGUGCACAUUUUUGGGGGGGUUUAUGUUACACAUGAGUAGGAUGUCACAUAAAAUGGGAAAAUGUGUGUGUAUGUGGUUCUCGUUGUGCACCAAUAUUGAAUUUUAAAAGCCUGUUAUAUUAAAAUGAAGUGCUCUUUAAUAUAAACCACAUGGACAUUUUAAAAAAAAUUGAUCUUUUAUAUCAAUAAAGACUUGCCAAAAAUCUGCAUUUUGACAUGUCCCUCGUCAUGUUUUUCUGACUUCUGAGAAGAUUUUAACCCACUUAACCCCAAGAUUUCUCCAAGUUUGCACCAUCAUUGUGAAGCCUUAGUUAUUUUGUUGCUUUGAAAAAGUCAUUUCUGAAGAUUAUUAUUUAUUAUUAUAUAUUAUAUAUUAUGUGAUUAGUAAUUAAUUUACAUCUGUCCGUAAUUUUAAGGUCAACCUUGUUACGCGAACUGAACUCUCGUUUUAAUAUGGUGAAACUAUUCCAUUCAAGUUUUGUCUUUUUUUAUUUUAUUUUUACAUAGUGUAAAAGCAGGUGAGCUGGUUCUACUCUUGGCCAUGUUCUGGUGUUUUGUGGUGGAAAACUGCAUCGAGCAUAACACGGCAACCCUGUUACCCAUAGGUAGAUAGGCUAGAAAUGUUGUAACAAUGUAACAUUUUAGUGGAGCUUGCAUUCAAUUGCCCCUUCCUGUUGCACACAACACACUUCCAUUCCCCCUGUCACAGGGGCAUUUAUGGCUAAUUGUGUAGCUCAGUUGGUAGAGCAUGGCGCUUGCAACGCCAGGAUUGUGGGUUCGAUUCCCACGGGGGGCCAGUAUGAAAAUGUAUGCACUCACUAACUGUAAGUUGCUCUGGAUAAGAGCGUCUGCUAAAUGACUAAAAUGUAAAUGUGAUUUAAGAUGAAUCGUCAACCCUGUCACUUGAUUGGCUUACUUUAGAAGUGUUUUUUUGUAACCUCUUGAGAUGGGGAAAACAUGUUUUUAUGAAGUUGAACAUGUGCUCUUUAUGACAGAAUGUUAAAAUCAAGUAACAAAUAAAAUAAAAUGUUUGACCAAAUUACACUACCCAAAAUGCACUCUAUUGGUGGAAUGACCCACAUGACUGCAUGCAGAAAAACCCUCUCACAGACCUUCUCACAGACCUUCUCACAGGCUCUCAACUUGGUAUACGUGAUUGCCUGCUGAUGGGCCAUCAAGGGCUUCCCAUUGUAUUCAAACUGUUUAGGUAGGUAAAAAGACUCCCAGAACAUUCACACCUGGCCCAAUGGACAAUCAGCAAACAGUUGUCUGGACUUCACAGAGUGGAAGUGAACAGAAAAGUGAACAUUUAAACAGUUGCAAUUUUUUAAAAAUAAAACCAAAAUAUAUCGAUAUUGUAUCAAAACAUUGCAACUGAUAUCGAUAUACACUGCCAUUCAAACGUUUGGGGUCACUUAGAAAUGUCCUUGUUUUCGAAAGAAAAGCGUUUUUUUGUCUAUUAAAAUAACAUCAAAUUGAUCAGAAAUACAGUGUAGACAUUGUUAAUGUUGUAAAUGGCUAUUGUAGCUGGAAACGGCUGAUUUUUAAUGGAAUAUCUACAUAGGCGUACAGAGGCCCAUGAUCAGCAACCAUCAGUCCUGUGUUCCAAUGGCACGUUGUGUUUGCUAAUCCAAGUUUAUCAUUUUAAAAGGCUAAUUGAUCAUUAGAAAACCCUUUUGCAAUUAUGUUAGCACAGCUGAAAACUGUUGUGCUGAUUAAAGAAGCAAUAAAACUGGCCUUCUUGAGACUAGUUGAGUAUCUGGAGCAUCAGCAUCAAAGAAAAAGCCAUAUCUCAGACUGGCCAAUAAAAAUAAAAGAUUAAGAUGGGCAGUCUGAGAUAUGGCUUUUUCUUUGCAACUCUGCCUAGAAGGUCAGCAUCCCGGAGUCGCCUCUUCACUGUUGACGUUGAGACUGGUGUUUUGCGGGUACUUUUUAAUGAAGCUGCCAGUUGAGGACCUGUGAGGCGUCUGUUUCUCAAACUAGACACUCUAAUGUAUUUGUCCUCUUGCUCAGUUGUGCACCGGGGCCUCCCACUCCUCUUUCUAUUCUGGUUAGAGCCAGUUUGUUCUGUUCUGUGAAGGGAGUAGUACACAGCGUUGUACGAGAUCAAUCAGUGCCCAUGACAAAUAAAGAACCAUUCUAUUCUACUCUAAUAAUAAUGAAUAAUAAUUUAUUACAUUUGUAAAGCGCUUUUCAUUAUACAGAAUAAUCUCAAAGUGCAUAAAAUAAAACAAAAACAUAUAUAUUUUUGUCUGUUGAUGACACAAAGAACACAGCUGACGUUACAAGGCACAAGGACACCAAGGAGCACAGCUAUCAACAGAAAGAGACAGGUCUUAAGGCCCGUUUUAAAGGAGCCCAGAGUCUGUGGUGCCUUCAGGUGGUCCGGGAGGGCAUUCCAAAGGUUCGGGGCAGUCAAGAUGAAAACCCGAUCCCCCAAGGAGCGGAGCUUGGUCCCGGAGGCGUGGAGGAGCAGGCUAUUUCUUGACCUGACGGUGCGCGGUGGGGUUAUGGAGGUAGAGAUGUUCUUUGAGAUAAAGCGGGGCAUUGCCAUGAAUACACUGGAAAGCCAACAGGAGGGUUUUUGAAUUCAAUCCGGAAUGAGACGGGGAGCUAGUGCAGAGAUGCCAGGAUGGGGGUGAUGUGAUUGUGUUUCCGCACUCUCAUCAGGAUCCUGGCAGCACUGUUCUGGAUGUAUUGGAGCUUCUGGAGAAUCCUGCCAGGGAUCCAGGUGAAGAGUGUUUUGCAGUAGUCCAGCCUUGAGGAGAUAAAGGAAUGGACGAGCUUCUCUGCAUCGGACUGAGUGAGGGUGGGGCGGUGUUUGGCAAUGUUCUCGAGGUGAUAGAAUGACACUUUACACAGUUGUUUGAUGUGGCUGUCAAAGGUCAGGGAGGAAUCAAGCUUUACACCCAGAUUGGAAACUGAGGGGGACAGAGGGAUGUUCUGUCCUGCAAUGGUGAGGUGUGUUAUUUGUGAGUGCUGGAACUGGCGGGAGGUGCCAACAAGUAAGGCCACGGUUUUGCUGCUGUUCAGUUGAAGGAAGUGUUGCUUCAUCCAUGCACUUAUCUCCCCAGGGCAGGUGUUCAGACGGGCACAUGCAUCAGAGGGACUUGGGGCAGUUUUUACAUACAGCUGGGUGUCAUCAGUAUAGCAGUGGAAUGGGAUUCCAUGCCGGAUAAUGACACGACCGAGGGGGAGCAUGUAGAGGACAAACAGGAAGGGUCCAAGAACAGAUCCUUGUGAGACACUGCAGGUGACAUGGUGGGUCCGGGACCUGGACCCACCUAGCGACAUAUACUCAGUCCUGUCUAAGACGUAGGAGUGGAACCAGCUCGGAGCUGGUCCAGAUAGUCCGUGGUUUCCCGGAAGCGUUCCAGGAGGAUGGGGUGGUCGACAGUGUCAAACGCUGCGCUCAAGUCCAGGAGGAUCAGGAGACAGGGGGAGCCUGCAUCAGCCGCAAUCAGCAGGUCGUUGGUGACCCUGAGUAGAGCCAUUUCAGUGCUGUAGGCCGGCCGGAAACCUGACUGGAACUUCAGAAAUUGGUUGUUCUGAUUGAGAUGGACUUGGAGCUGUACAGCAACCACUCAUUUCCCAACACUUUGGAGAGGAAAGGGAAGGUUGGAUAUUGGCCUGUAAUUAGCCAGCACUGGGCUUCUUCAGAAGGGGGCUGAUGACAGCGGUCUUAAAUGCAGGUGGGACACUGACAGAUUUGAGGGAGUGGAUAACAAUCUGGGUUAACAGAGGGCUGAGUACAGAGGUGCAUGAUUUGAGCAAGGCUGUUGGAAUAGGAUCCAAGGUACAGGAGGAGGUUUUCAUUACGGAGAUAGUUUUCUAUACUAUUUACUUUAUUAUAUUCUGUAUGUGUGACCUCUCUUCCAGGUGUUUGUGGAGCUGAACGAGCUGGUGAUGGAUAAGAACCAGGAGUUGCAGUGGCGGGAGACGGCUCGCUGGAUCAAGUUUGAAGAGGACGUGGAGGAGGAGACGGACCGCUGGGGCAAACCCCACGUCGCCUCGCUCUCCUUCCGUAGUCUCCUGGAGCUCCGAAAGACCAUCUCCCACGGUGAGAGAAAGAGGGGAGAGUGAGGGAAGAAAGGGAGGGAAGGUGAGACGAGUGGGGAAUAGAAGGGGUUGGGGAAAGGAGGGAGAGAAGGAGUUGGGGAAAGGAGAGGGUGAAAGAGAGGUGAGAGGGGGAGGGAGAAAAAGGAUUGAUGAAUAGAGAGAGGGAGAGAUUGGGGAGGAAGGGAAGAAAAGUGGGGAAUAAAGAAUAAUCUAGGGAUGGACAAAGGCAAGAUAAUGAAAUUGUUGGUGUUCUUUAGGUGCGGUGCUGCUGGACUUGAAGCAGAAUACCUUGCCUGGCAUCGCUCAUCAGGUGGUGGAGCAGAUGAUAAUCUCUGACCAGAUCAAAGUAGAGGACCGGGCCAAUGUCCUCAGAGCCCUACUACUCAAACACAGGUAUGUCUCUCCUCUAGCUGUCUGUGAUACGCUAGCUACCCUGCUACCUACAGUCUGUGAUACGCUAGGUACCCUGCUACCUACGGUUAUACUACGCAAACUCAGUUCAGCCGUUCUCUCUCUACCCGCAGUCACCCGAGCGAUGAGAAAGAACAUAGCUCUUUCACGCGGAACAUCUCUGCCGCCAGCCUGGUCUCACUGAUGGUGAACCACCAAAACAGCAGCAACCACACGGACCAAGCCGAGCCCUCUGUGACUGACCCCCUCAUGGAUGGAGGAGUGGCUGCCGGCACCCUCACAGAAUCCCGCAUUGACAUGGAGAAGAGCGAGGUCUUGAAAGUGUGGAUGUGUCUUUGGGAGUGUGUCUGUGUGUACGGGGAUGUUUGUGAGUACUGUCUGAGCGUUUUUUGUGAGCUCUGUUUGUGUAAUAGUGUGUUGUUUGAACUGUGUUUGUGUAAUAGUGUGUUGUUUGAACUGUGUUUGUGUGUGCAUGCAUCUUUGUCCUCUUGUCUGGGUGAGUGUUUAUGGUUUUUUGAGUCUGAGUGUGUGCGUAUUUUUCUGGUGUCUAAACUCCCGUGUUCAUCUACAGAAGGACAAUCCUGCCAUAAUGGGCAUGCACAGGUCCAAGUCCAAGCAUGAGCUCAAGUUGCUGGAGAAGAUUCCGGAAAACGCAGAGGCCACUGUCGUCCUCGUAGGUAUGCCUUGCUAUUUCACUCCCAUUUCCUGCUAUGAGGCAGACGUUUCCCCACAUUGGGAAGAGCCAAUAGUGUCAAUCAUGGCAGAUUAACAUUUUGUUGUUGUUAUUGAUAUCUGUACUGAGCAUGAUUUUGCUUAAUCCUCCAUUAGGAUUUUACUCCAAUCGUACUCUAGUCUAACGCACUUGAUCUGAAUGUGAAAAGCCCCACUGAGUCUGAUAGUCCGAUCAUCCUUAAAUUCAAUAAUCCAUAAAGUUCAAUUACAUUUAAUGACUGUCUCCCACAGGCGCCGUGACCUUCCUGGAGCAGCCUUCCAUGGCGUUUGUGCGUCUGCAGGAAGCCGUGCUGCUGGAGUCGGUGCUGGAGGUGCCCGUCCCUGUGCGUUUCCUCUUCCUCCUCAUGGGCCCGCCCAUCGCCAACAUCGACUACCACCAGAUUGGCCGCUCCAUCUCCACACUUAUGUCUGACAAGGCGAGUUAACUGAUGGGUGACCCAUACUUCUCUGUGUGACACUAGCAACACCAAGGUCGUGGGUUGAACUCCCACAGGGAGCACAGUAUGCACUCACUCUCCUGUAAAUCACUUUGGAUAAAAGCAUCUGCUAAGUGGCAUAUCGUCACUGUCUGAUGAAAACCUCGGAACUACAUUUUUACAAAUGUUAAUUUUUUUAAACAUCUAUUGAAAGCAGUAACUCCCCUCAAUGUACUCUGAACAUUUCAUGACUCUAGGACCAAGAAAUGUAUUCCAAAAUAGCUUCUGAAGUUUGGUGAUUGUAUGUUCGUUAAUGGUCAAAUAUGGCAGUUUUUUUUUUCCAUUUCCCGAAAAGUUUCUGUUUUUUGGAGAUAAGAUAUUUUCAUCAGACAGCAACGAUAUAUUAAUGUUAUUAUUUUUACCGCAGCACUUCCACGAGGCAGCGUACCUGGCGGACGAGCGGCAGGACCUGCUGAACGCCAUCAACAGCUUCCUGGACUGCAGCAUUGUGCUGCCGCCGUCUGAGGUGGGCGGCGAAGAGCUGCUGCGCUCGGUGGCCCGCUUCCAGAGAGAGAUGCUCCGCAAGAGAGAGGAGCAGCAGGGCAAGGAGCUCAAGGUCAAAGAGCCAAAGAGCCCGAAGGAUAAAGGUAAUAGAGAUAUACACAGAUAUACAUUUGUAUAUUACAGAGGAACAGGAGGACAAACUACAGACCAAAAAGCCCAAAGAUUCCAUGGACAAGGGUGACAAAGACAAACUACUGAAGGAAAGAGCUUGAGGGAUGACCACCAAAAUAACCCUCUCCUUCUCUCUCCCUCAGCUCUGCAGGCGCCCUUCAAACCUGGGGUCGAUCCUCUCCGCCGUUCAGGCCGCCUGUUUGGGGGACUGAUCCGCGAUGCCGCACGGCGCUACCCCAAAUAUGCCAGCGACUUCCGUGACGCGCUCAACCCCCAGUGCAUGGCCGCCGUCAUAUUCAUCUACUUCGCUGCCCUGUCACCCGCCGUCACCUUCGGAGGACUGCUGGGUUAGUCAAUCAGUCACCCAUUGGGGGAGGGGAGGAAGUAAGGGAUACAGUUAAAACAAAGAGGGACAAUAUUGGAGUGCUGACCCCCCCCCCCAAAAAAACAACAACAACAUUGAAAUGAAGCUAAAAAGAGGGAUAGAGUAUAUAGGUAGCCAUAUCAUUUUGAGUUGGUAUUCACUUCCUCCAUCACUCCCUCCCUCUCUUCUUCUUCUCUAGGUGAGAAGACGGGGGGGUUGAUUGGCGUGUCGGAGCUGAUCAUCGCCACGGCACUGCAGGGCGUUAUAUUCUCCCUCCUUGGGGCGCAGCCUCUCCUUGUGGUGGGCUUCUCUGGACCCCUGCUGGUGUUUGAGGAGGCCUUCUACUCGGUGAGUAACUAGCCUAAAUCUUCUCUUCUUCUUCUGUUACUCUCCCUUCUCCCCAAAUGGUGCACUUGUUCACCCCCCUGGCAAGAAUUUACAAGGAAUUAACUGGUUGCCACCUUCCUGAAACUUCCUAAGAGUUUUCUGGGUUUUACACAAAUCCCGUUUAGAGGAGUUGAAGGAUUCCUUUCCUUCCUAAUUCCAAACAUCCUUCAAUUGAAAAAACCUGCAAACUUUGGGGAAGUUUCUGGAAAUGUGCAACGCUAGCUGGUGUAAGGAAUAUGGUUUAAAUGUGCGCAUGAUAGUUGCUUUCUGAACGUCACCCAACAUUUUGUCUCGUGGUUCUGUCAUGCAGUUCUGCAAUGCCAAUGACAUGGAGUAUCUGACGGGCCGGGUGUGGAUUGGCUUCUGGCUGGUGCUCAUUGUGGUCCUCAUAGUGGCCUUCGAGGGCAGCUUCCUGGUCCGCUUUGUCUCGCGCUUCACCCAGGAGAUCUUCUCCUUCCUCAUCUCCCUUAUCUUCAUCUACGAGACCUUCUCCAAACUGGGCAAGGUGAGGUUGGGAGGAAGAGCGCCCAUCAACACUGGGCUGGAGCUGAUUGGGUUAGCUUGUCUGCUGGCUAACAAGUUUGCCAUUCAUAGCUAGCAUAGAUGCAGUAACGAGGUCAAUAGAACUCGACCAAAACAAUGGAAAUGCCAUGGAAAUGCGUGGGGGAAAAAUGCCGUGGGGUAAGAUCCCGAAUCUCCUCAUUGCCCCUCAGCAGAAAGUUACAAUACAUCAAUCAUGACGGAUUUGAUGAAUAUCCACUUUGUUAGAUCAUAUUUGUUGAAUGUGCGCCAAUUCCAUAUCCUUCUAUCCCCACGGUCUGCGUUCCAUUCACCUCUUUACUGCAUCUAUACCGCUGCAUGCAUUCUGACACCAUCAAGAGCAUUUGGAACUGAAGUCAUCUACAACACACCUGACUGAUGUCAUGGUGCAGGAAGGUAUGAGACUCAUAAGAAAACUGUCUGCCUGUCUGUCUGUCUGUCUGUCUAUCUGCCUGUCUGUCUAUGUCUGUCUGUCUGAAUGAAAACCGACCCAGAUCUUUCAAGAGCAUCCUCUUCAACGCUGUUACCUAGUCAACGGCACAUGGACGUCAUCAUCAUGCAACCACACUGUGGUCGACGUGCCUGGCAAUGUGGUAGGAGAGCCCAACACAGCCCUCCUGACGCUGGUGCUCAUGUCCGGAACGUUCUUCAUUGCGUUCUACCUGCGCAAGUUCAAGAACAGUGCCUUCUUCCCCGGCAAGGUAAGUACAGUUAGCCUGACCAGAGCCAUACAGUAUUGGCCCUUAAAGUAUUAUUCAAAAUGCCUUGACACUUGUGGCAGUAAGAAACCAUAUCAUAUUCAGUCCAACAUGUUCUGCGUCUCAGCUCCGUAGGAUGAUUGGAGACUUCGGGGUUCCUAUCUCGAUUCUCAUCAUGGUGUUGGUGGACUACAGCAUAAAAGACACCUACACCCAGGUGAAAUAUAGGUCAAAAUCAAAUGUAAAGAGAGUCCAAUCAGAAGUGAGAAUAGCCCAGGCUGACCUUUUCCCUUUGACCCCCCCACCCAUACAGAAGCUGAGUGUGCCCACAGGCUUCUCGGUGACCAGUCCUGAGAAGCGGGGAUGGCUGAUCCCCCCGCUGGGCUCGGACGGCCAGUUCCCUGUCUGGAUGAUGGGUGCUAGCAUCCUGCCCGCCCUGCUCGUGUUCAUUCUCAUCUUCAUGGAGACGCAGAUCACCACGUAAGGGACCCUUCCAACCCUUCACCUCUGCAACCCCAUUUUACAUACAGUAUUAUAGAGCAAUGGGGUUUUCUAUAAAUAAUAGGGAAAAUGUGUGACAUUGGGGUCAACAUUUCUAAAUGGUUUGAAACAAACAUAAAAAGGAUUUUCAUGCGGUUCCACAUGUGUAAUUAGAGGAAUAAAAGUGAAUAUACAGCACCAGUCAAAAGUUUGGACACACCUACUCAUUCAACUAAAAAAUUCCAUAUAUAUUUUAGAUUUUAAAUUCUUCAAGUAGCCACCCUUUGCCUUGAUGACAGCUUUGCACACUCUUGCCAUUCUCUCAACCAGCUUCAUGAGGAAUGCUUUUCCAACUGUCUUGAAGGAGUUCACACAUAUGCUGAGCACUUGUUGGCUGCUUUUCCUUCACUCUGCGGUCCAACUCAUCCCAAACCAUCUCAAUUGGGUUGAGGUCGGGUGAUUGUGGAGGCCAGGUCAUCUGAUGCAGGACUCCAUCACUCUCCUUGGUCAAAAAGCCCUUACACAGCAUGGAGGUGUGUUUUGGGUCAUUUUCCUGUUGAAAAACAAAUGAUAGUCCCACUAAGCGCAAACCAGAUGGGAUGGUGUAUCGCUGCAGAUGCUGGUUAAGUGUGCCUUGAAUUUUUAAUAAAUCACAGACAAUGUCACCAGCAAAGCACCCCCACACCAUGACACCCCCUCCUCCAUGCUUUACGGUGGGGACCACACAUGCAGAGAUCAUCCGUUCACCUAUUCUGCGUCUCACAAAGACACGGCGGUUGGAACCAAAAAUCUCAAAUUUGGACUCAAAAAGGAAAGAUUUCCACUGGUCUAAUGUCCAUUACUCAAGUUUUUUGGCCCAAGCAAGUCUCUUCUUCUUAUUGGUGUCCUUUAGUAGUGGUUUCUUUGCAGCAAUUCGACCAUGAAGGCCUGAUUCACGCAAUCUCCUCUGAACAGUUGAUGUUGAGAUGUGUCUGUUACUUGAACUCUGUGAAGCAUUUAUUUGGGCUACAAUCUGAGGUGCAGUUAACUCUAAUGAACUUAUCCUCUGCAGCAGAGGUAACUCUGGGUCUUGCUUUCCUGUGGCCGUCCUCAUGAGAGCCAGUUUCAUCAUAGCGCUUGAUGGUUUUUGUGACUGCACUUGAAGAAACUUUCAAAGUUCUUGACAUUUUCCGUAUUGACUGACCUUCAUGUCUUAAAGUAAUGAUGGACUGUCAUUUCUCUUUGCUUAUUUGAACUGUUCUUGCCAUAAUAUGGACUUGGUCUUUUACUAAAUAGGGCUAUCUUCUUCUACCUUGUCACAACACAACUGAUUGGCUCAAACGCAUUAAGAAGGAAAGAAAUUCCAUAAAUUAACUUUUAACAAGGCACACCUGUUAAUUGAAAUGUAUUCCAGGUGACUACCUCAUGAAGCUGGUUGAGAGAAUACCAAGAGUGUGCAAAGCUGUCAUCAAGGCAACGGGUGGCUACUUUAAAGAAUCUUAAACAUAAAAUAUAUUUUGAUUUUUUUAACACUUUUUUGAUUGCUACAUGUUUCCAUAUGUGUUUUUGAAUAGUUUUGAUGUCUUCACUAUUAUUCUACAAUGUAGAAAAUAGUAAAAACUAAAGAAAAACCCUUGAAUGAGUAGGUGUGUCCAAACCUUUGACUGGUAGUGUAUGCAAAUUGGCCCAUAACUCCACCUAUACAACAACAUAGACCUAGGACUAUAAGCAGGUUCAUACAGACAUUGAAGUUCUCAGAAGUAGAAAUUCAAGGUUGGUUUCUUUUACAGAAACAAGGCAUGUCUGACUUUUGUUAAUACAUUUAUUUAUUUUUUAUUACUCAGGACACCAUUGGGAAUGAGACCCUGGUCUCAAUUGGGCUACCCUGAAUAAUAACAAGUAAAAAAUAAAAAUAAAGGAAAUUAAAAGGAAAUUGUUCAGGCCAUUUUUAUGUCUAUUUUAUAUUAUGGAGAUAUUUCCUAUAUGUAUGCAGCAGCAUUUACACUUAAACCACUAGAUGCUGUUUUCCAUUGUUCUUAGGUUUAUUACUGGUGAUGGUUCUAGAACUCACCAUUGUGUUUUGUAUCAAAAAGUGGGUUGGGCCUUUUUGUAUGUAAGGAGAGAGCAGCAUUGUCUUGUGUUGAUCUACAAAGCACUCAUGUAGAAACUUCCUAUGUACUGUAUCUAUCAUCAUUAAUUCAGUUUAGACUUACAAAUUACCAAACUCAGUCUCAGGCUCGGUCUCCACAGAGUUGGGUUUUUGCGCCCUUUAUGUGGAACAACUUACAGAGCUCUCUGAAAUGAGAUGUUCUGGUCCCCCUUGGUCAGUUUAGAGUAAUGGUCAGAGACCUCUAUGUUGAUAAAUGUGUCUGUUUUUCUUAAUAUGUUCAGUAAUUUCGUAUAUUGUAUAUUGUAUGUGUUUGAUGUAUUUAUGCAGGCCUCAUCUGUAAAAGAGACCCUACUCUCAGUAUGAAUUAACUGUCAAAAUAAAAGUUAAAUAUUUUUUUUAAAAUGGCAAGUCAAAUUCAAGGACUUUCAGGGACUUUUUCAAGCACUUAAUUGUAAUUUUCAAGGACUUCAGUGUUACAUAAUUUUAUAAUGUAUAUCAUUGUACAUAUAGGGCCUAAUAUAGAACCCUCCUCUCCCCAGAAAGCAUGCAAAAAGUGUCCCCAAAAAAAGUAGGUCAUUACCACUUUAAGAAUAAUGCAUUUUUAAGGCCUUGCCAAAGUCUUGAUAUUCCAAUUAUUAUUACAUUCUAAAAUAUGUGAGAAUAAUGUGGACAUUGCCUGACUAAAUCGAUUGGAUGUGAAGUGGAUGCAUUGUGAUUUUUCUGUAGCGGCCGACGUAGGCAUACAUAAUAAAUCCAUGAUAUGCGGUAGCUUGUAAGUAAGCAUUUAACUGUAUUCGGCGCAUGUGACAAAUAACAUUUGAUUUGAUUUGAUUUGAUAAUGGAAGGAUUUGUUUGGAAAGCCAAGUUGAAGCCAGCAUUAGACGUUGUCGUCCUCGUAAUAACCACAUGUGGUUUUACCACAGCAGAGUAGCGCAACACCCUUCAAUUGAAGCAGUAGGAAACGAAGCGAAAGUGGCCACAUCUCUCACAAAAACGGAUCAAACAUGUAAUCACAGAUAGUUGUAAGGGAGCAGGAGAAUUUAUAAAUUGGCUACGGUGAUUACAAGGACUUUUCAUCACCAAAUUGAGGAAAUGUCGAGGUAGUCCUAUUCCAGUACUUGAAUUUCCGAGCUUCAAGUUCAAGUAGGGUUACUUCAAGUUUAACAUCCCACAAUGAAGAAGGCCCAGUGAUGCCGAAAAGUUGGUGGUUUACCCAACGUAUUACUGGGAGUUUAUGUAUAGAGUGUGCAACUCUCUUUAUUCAUUUGAUAGUUUAGAGUUUAUUCACCGUUAGUCAGCAGCACCUCUACACAAAAUAAUUUAUCCAGCUCGUGCUUUUUAUAAAAAUUGCUGGUGUACAUGGAAAACAAAAAUGUAUUUGUGAUGUUAUUUCAUUACCAGAUCAUAUUGUGAAUAAGUCACCUAGGCUAUGCAUUUUUUGGUCAUUAUAUCCAGAAUAAUUAAUAGGACUAGCGUUGGGUGUUGCACAAUAGUCUAUCCUACACAAUUGCGCACAGUAGACUCCGUGUCCAAUCGGAGGCACAAAAACAUAUGAAAACAUGAGCACAUUACCUUGAUGCUUUCUCUGUUAAAUCUAACGAAACCCUGUUGUAAAUCAAGCAGACAACAACAGAUGAUCAACAUCAAUUCACUAGGUAUAUUAGAUCCAAGGUGGAUCUAGGCACAACUGUCUUCACCAGCGUAACGAAUGUGACACCAAAAUAUUCGAACAUUCCUUGCGAACACCUUCUUUUUUUUUUUUUCCAGCACUUGGGCUGUUUGUUGCUUCACAUGUGCUAUCACAACAGCUGUUCGUCACUUGACUGUCAUUCAGAAAAUGUCUUCCUGGAUCAGAUGAUGACGUGUGAAAAUAUCACGCUGUAAGCUAAUCAGCUGGACACCAAAUGCGCAUCCAACAAUUAUAUGCAUAAUUAUUGAAGAACCGCGUUAAUGAAAUUAUUGAUUUAGGUUUUAAGUAUCAAGGUAAGGCGAGUCUUUCGGUUAGAAGCAUUCAAUUUUACAAUCACAUUUAUUAUUUGGGAUUUGUGUGCCAAUGAAAACUGUUUUCACCACGUAACAUAAGGAAACACUAAAUGUUACGUAGUUACACUGCAUUUCUAAGAUCUCUAUACAAAAAAACUGUCCGACAGCUAGAUCCAGGAUUCUUACAGAGUUCAAGUUCAAUAUCUAAUUUAACUGAUUAAUGCUUUAUAUAUGAUAUAUCUUCAUCUUGCACUGCCAUAAAUGCAAGGACAGAAAAGUAAUGUUUUAUGUCACACGAUUUUGGACAAAUCCGCGAAGACACCAACCAUGAUAAAGUGUUAAAAGUUUUAAAUUAGCUAUGACCCCCCCCCCCCCCCCCCCCCCCCCCGUAUAUGUUAACAUUAUGACAUGAAAAAAAAUUGCCCGAUUAUUAACAAUGACUUAUCAACAGCUGUAACAUGUUGUCCAGUGUAGGAAAUCCUCACUGGUACCCUAGUUUAUAGAAAGACCCUAAUACAAGCAUCUCACUCUCUCUCCCUCCUCACUCCUUCUCUCUCUACCUCCUCACUCUUUCUCUCUCUACCUCCUCACUCUUUCUCUCUCUACCUCCUCACUCUCUCUCUCUACCUCCUCACUCUUUCUCUCUCUACCUCCUCACUCUUUCUCUCUCUACCUCCUCACUCUUUCUCUCUCUACCUCCUCACUCUUUCUCUCUCUACCUCCUCACUCUUUCUCUCUCUACCUCCUCACUCUUUCUCUCUCUACCUCCUCACUCUUUCUCUCUCUACCUCCUCACUCUUUCUCUCUCUCCCUCCAUCUACUAUGUUUUUAUACUUUUAUCUCUUCUCCACUUCCUCUUUUUCUUUGCUCUCUCUUUCUUUCCUUCCGUCAGGCUGAUAGUCAGCAAGAAGGAGCGGAUGCUGUUGAAGGGCUCCGGCUUCCACCUGGACCUGCUCAUCAUUGUGGCCAUAGGUGGGGUUUCGGCCCUCUUCGGCCUGCCCUGGUUGGCUGCCGCCACCGUGCGUUCUGUCACCCACGCCAACGCCCUUACCGUCAUGAGCAAGGCGGUGGCCCCCGGCGACAAGCCCCGUAUCCAGGAAGUGAAAGAGCAGAGGGUGACGGGCUUCCUCGUAGCUCUGUUCGUCGGUAGGCAUGACCCCUCUAAUUUAGGGAACGGGCCUAAAUCGAGAUUAGGGUUGCAUAAUUCCAGAAACGUUCCCAAAAUUCACAGGUUUUCCAAAAAUCCUGGUUGGAGGAUUCUUCUGGAAUCAGGAGGGAAUAAGCAGGGAGAGGAUCCUCCAACUGGGAAUCCUCCAACAGGAUCCUCCAACUGAGGAUCCUCCAACCAGGAUUUCUCAGAGACCUGGGAAGCUUGGAAACGGUUCUGAAGUUUUGCCACCCGUGACACAUGCGCAACAUAAAUGAUGUGUUCAUUUCCAAGGAAAAACUAUCUUCUCACGUCUGUCCUCUCCUGGCUAGGUUUGUCCAUUGUGAUCGGAGAUCUCCUGCGCCAAAUCCCCAUCGCCGUGCUCUUUGGGAUUUUCCUCUAUAUGGGUGUCAUGUCCCUCAACGGUAUCCAGCUCACUGAGCGCAUGCUGCUGCUGCUGAUGCCCCCCAAGUAUCAUCCUGACCAUACCUAUGUCCGCAAGGUCAGUACCACAAAACCCCAACCACACCCCAACCCCCCAAAUGCUGUGCUGAGUGGCUGAGCAAAACUUUAUUGCAUACAACACUGGUUUUUAUCUUGUAAAAGUUAAUUUAGGAUCUAAAGGGAAGGAUUAUACUGCUGCUACUACUAAUACUACUGCUAUACUACUUACUACUACUACUGCUACUACUGCCUCUACUACUACUACUGCUACUACUGCUACUACCACUACUGCUACUACUGUACUACUACUACUACUACUACUGCUACUACCUGCUACUACUACUCUACUCUGCUACUACUACUCUACUACUGCUACUACUACUGACUACUACUACUACUGCUAUACUACUACUGCUACUACUGCUACUACUAUGCUACUCUACUACUACUAUCUACUGCUACUACUCUACUGACUACUACUACUACUACUACUGCUACUACUACUACUACUACUGCUACUACGCUAAUGACUACUACUACUGCUAACUAUACUACUACUACUACUGCUACUUUACUACUACUACUACUCUACUUCUACUCGAUACUGACUACUACUACUACUACUACUACUACUACUACUACUACUACUACUGCUAUUUCUACUACUACUUCUACUUCUACGAAUGAUACUACUACUACUACUACUACUACUACUACUACUACUACUACUACUACUAAUGAUACUACUACUACUACUACUACUUCUACUACUACUGCUACUUCUACUACUACUGCUACUUCUACUACCAUUGCUACUGCUACUACUACUACUCCUGCUACUUCUACUACUCCUGCUACUAAUACUACUACUGAUACUACUACUAAUGAUACUACUACUACUACUACUACUUCUACUACUACUGCUACUUCUACUACUACUACUACUGCUACUUCUACUACUACUGCUACUUCUACUACUACUGCUACUACUACUACUACUACUACUACUACUACUACUACUACUACUACUACUGAUACUCUCAUAUGUGUGUGGUCCAGGUGAGGACCCUGCGGAUGCACCUGUUCACAGGGAUCCAGUUGGUGUGUCUGGCGGCACUGUGGGCGGUCAUGUCCACCGCGGCUUCGCUGGCAUUCCCCUUCGUCCUCAUCCUCACCGUGCCCGUCAAAUGGUUCCUGCUGCCCCGCAUCUUCACCACGCGUGAGAUGCAGUGUGUAAGUCUAACCAUAUGGAUGGAUGGAUGGAUGCAUGCAUGCAUGCACGCGCACACACACACACACACACACACACGGUUGCCUAAAAUAGUUGGCCUUUUAUUGGUUUUAGUAUACAGUUGGAUGUUGCUUUGGGGGCCUUUGCCUGGGAAAUAAUCUAUGGGAAAGUCUGAUACCGUAUGCAGCUGAACCCUGGCCAUAACCUUUACCCCUGACUUCUAUCGCUGCUCUCUCUUUGUGUCUUAGUUGGAUGCAGAUGACGCAGAACCUAAGUUUGAUGAGAAGGAGGGACAGGAUGAGUACACAGAUAUGCACAUGCCUGUA